AUGCCCGCCAUGAAUGUACUAGCCAGAGCAAAAAUGUCGUCCCAUCUGAUAUUCUCCUCCCCCUCGCCGGCAAUGCGCCUCCUCAAUUUCCACCCCAAGACCGCCGCCCUCCUACAAUGCGAGACCUACUCCACCAAAACCACGGCCCGAGGCAGCAGCCGGAAAACCCCGGAACCGACAAAGCCCAAGCCCGAGAAACGCUCCGCGACGACAUCGUUGAUAUCUUUCUCCCAGAUAGCCCUGAAGCAAUCGGAGGAGCUGACCGCCGUCUGGCCCAAGCCGGGGACGAUAUCGUACCAGUCGAAGGCAGCCAACUUCGUGAACCUGAUCGGCCGGGUCGGGAUUCCCAUCCGGUUCGAGUCUGCCGGCGGCGGAAAGCAUCUGGCCACCACCGUGAUUUCCCUCAUGAACGGUGGCGUAAAGGAUCCCCUGAAAAUCCCCGUCCUGUUCGAGGGGCUCUUGGCCCGCGUCGUUUCGGGUCAUGUCCGGGAGAACGACUGCGUCUUUGUGUCCGGUCACCUGAGCGUGGACCCCACAGAUCCGGUCCCAAACGAGAGCGAGAGCGAGAGCGAGAGCCUCGGGAAAUUCCACGUCGUGGCUGAAAAUAUCAACUUUGUGGUGGGGUUGGAGAAGAAUAGUUUAUAUGGGUUGGGAACUGAUAAAUCUGUUGAGAACGCAGCUAAUGGGUUUGAUGAAUUGCCCAAAAGAGAAAAGACUGAGGACGACGAGCCAUUAGCACAAACAGCAGUUCCGGAAAGUGGGAAUGGCGAUGGAAAGAAAAAGGAUGUGGAUAAAGCCAUGGAUCUCUGGAGGGAUCUUGUGAAGAAUCCUCUGCAAUGGUGGGAUUUUCGCGAGCACAAGGCAAACGGGCUGGUGAAGGCAAACCAUCCGGAUUUCAAGCAGAAGGUGAAUGAGGAGCCUCUCUGGAUUAAGAAUGCCCCCAAAUGGAUCUUGCCUGAGAUUGUGAAAUUGGAGUUUGAAGUGAAAAAUAUGAGGCCGAAGCAGAACAAAACAGAUGAUUCUUGGAAGGAAUUAGUUGAAAAUCUCGAUGAUUGGUGGGAUAACAGGGCCACGAAAAGAAAUCCUAAAGCGCCCGAUUUUGUGCAUAAGGUAACUAGCAAGGUGGAUUUCGCCUUGAUUUUGCGUUCUAUGCAACUUUUGCUUAUUGAAGCACAAAAAGCCAACCGAAGCCUGAUGGACGAACGGGAAUCGGAAAGUAAGAAGACAACAUUCCAGGAAGAAAUCGACAAAACAGAAAUCAAGGAAAAAGACGCGAAAAGACUCCUAAUUGUGGUCACACCAACGAGCACAAGAAAUAAGCUAAGGCUCGAAUUCUAUGAUCACGGCUUCAUUGACGAGAUCAAAGCAGUUGAGUGA